AUGAACGGAAAGGUCGUUGGGACUGAGGACUCCGUCCAUUCAGGUAGCGGAUUUGGAUCCGCCACUUCUGAUGGGGGAUCUUCCAUCUCUUAUGGGAUCCCAUCCCCUCCGUCUACCCCACCGUGUAUCAAAUUCAAUCCCCCCCUCUCUGUCCAGCGAAGGGUGAAGGUUUUAACCCUUUUGAAAGAAGUGUCUAAAUACUAUGAGGGGCCUAUUCAGUCCCUCCUUGAAGUCGGAUGUGGUGGCAAUACGCCAUUGAUGCAAACACUGCUUAGCUGCGAUGACGAGCUUCCCCUAUCCUUAUUAAGCGGGAUUGAUGUUGACGAAGACCUAAUUUCUACCGGUAUCGAAACCGCAUUUACAACUGUCGAAUAUGGUGGAGAUGAUAGAUGGAGGGAUCUAACUGUCAGCUUGGUUCAUGGCUCAUUUGAGGAUAUUUCCCUCCCAAGCAUUGGCACCUACGAUGCCAUCACUUCUUGUGAAGUGAUCGAGCAUUUAGAUCCAGGUCCUCUCGCAAAUUUCGCUCCAACUCUUCUUGGGCGGAUGAAUCCCAAAGUCCUCAUAGUCACCACGCCCAAUCGGGAUUUCAACUCCCUCUUCGAGAUGCCAUUUGAAUCAGCCGACGUCACGAGACGCGGCGAGAAACCAUAUGUGUGGCAUCCAAACGACGACCCACAGGUCUCUAGUCGGCGCUACUAUCGCGCACCGCAUACAUAUGCGAUGCGCCACCACGAUCACCGGUUUGAGUGGACCAGGCAAGAGUUCCAAACUUGGGGAAACACCGCCGCGGAAACCUUUGGCUACACGGUGAACUAUCAUGGAUGCGGCGCUCUCCAUGAUGGCGCCGAAAUUCUUGCAAGCCGUUGGCGAGUUGAUGAGGCUCUUCGGAAACAGAUCCGCGGCCAGAAUAUUGUAUUCGAAGAUGGCCAAUCGAUGGGGACGGAUUUACUGCUCGAGGCAUUUGGGCACUGUUCCCAAGUGGCCAUCUUCAUCCGGAAUGAUGUCAGGAAAAAAUCCCAGGAACGGAUUUCUUCUGUGGAAAGCCGACACUACACAAACGAACUAACGCCAAUGAAUGGUUUAGUCGACAAUCAUAUACGCCUUCUCCGCCAGCUACCACCUGAGCUUCGGCUCGUGAGGUAUCAUACAUUUCCAAAAUCAGUCAUCGACAAACCAUACCCACCCACCAUAUUUGAUCUUUUCGAUCAGCAAAGACUUGCGAUUAAGCAUUUACUGCCGGUCGAGGUUCAACGGGUGUGGCAGUACCACCAAACCUUGGAGGAGUAUAAUAAAUACGAUUUCGAAGCUGUCAUAAUUAAAACAGAUCUAAAAUGCCUAUGGGACAGCUGCUUUACAAUUCGACGGACCUGCCGCUUCCAUUUUGAGCUUUUCGAAAAUUUGAUGGCCAUAGAGAAUGAAGACUCCUUCAAGCCUUCUAGAAAACAAAGGUGCGAAGGCAUCUUGGAAUUCAAUAUCAUCCGGGGAUCAGGAGAGUUGCAGGAACCUGUCGGCGUUGUGAAAGUAGAACUAGAGCCGAUACAGGAAUACACACCAGCAUAUGAUCCUCGUGACGUUCCAGACUCCGAAGAUUCGGAAGGCGAAGAGAUGUGCUCAAAUCAACCACUCAGCCUGGAAAUUGUCUCCACGACCCCUACCAUCACAUCGAUGGUUUACUGGCACACAAAGUCCCCAAUGCAUCCAGUUUGCGAAGAUAUUUAUUUACACCAGGGUCCCCUAUCCAGUAUCCCAAAACACAAGACGUUGAUCCUCGACGGGCCGGUGGAAGUAAUGAAGCAGUACGAAAAGCGAUUAAAGGAUCCAGAAUCAUUUCAACCCCCAGUCCUAACUUCCAUUCCAGUUACGCUGGUAUUUCUACGACCAGAAAUACGGGCGGAGGCCAUUGAAGAAUUUGACUAUGAAGAACAGAGAAGAGAAAUGCAGAAAAGUUUCGGAGAAACCCUCUACGAAAGCGAGAAAUGGCCUGACAUCUCAAACCUGAAAUGGGAUGUUAAUGAUUCAAUUGGUUGGGGAGAUGAUUCUGGCGCAGAGGUAAUUGAUUGGAGCUAA